AUGUGGACAGAUUCAUGGAUUCCUGAUCACCCACCAAGGCCACCACGAGCUCAUGGAGACUUUCAAGCAAAAGAAAAGGUGAAUGAGUACUUUGGUACCAUCAGAGCUCAAUGGAAUGAGCAGAAAUUGCUUGAAGUUAUCAUUGAUGAAGAUGUAGACAAAAUUCUCGCUAUUAAGAUAAGUUCUACGACACGUCAAGACUUAUUGGGUUGGCAUUACAAUGAAGAUGACAUCUACACUGUGAAAUCGGGUUACUGGUUAGGAAUUCAUUUACCAACAAAUGCUCCACCAAUACCGACUCAUGGACCUGCAAAGUUGAAACACAAGAUAUGGAAGACAAAAGCUCCUGCUAGGCUAAAAGAUUUCUUGUGGAGAUUUCUAUCUAAGAGUCUUGCGACUGGUAAUAACCUGAAGAGAUGGCAUAUCGUUCAAAAUGAUCAGUGCAGAAGAUGUUUUUCUGCGGCAGAAACAGCGGAUCAUAUUUUCUUUGAAGGCCCCUAUGCUAAGAAGAUAUGGCGAACAUCCGGAGUUUCUAAACUCACCAUUAACAACCCGAAUUACACGUUUGAGAAAAUAUUGAAGCAUGUCUGCAAUGUUCUCUAUCAACUCAGUUACAACAUCUGCAGGAUAUACCUUUUUGGUUGCUAUGGAGAUUAUGGAAGAGAAAAAACACUUUAA